AUGUCAUCCUGGGGGCAGCCUCAGUACCGCUACGUGUCAGUUGAACUCUCUCACAUUGAGCAUGCAGGCGGCCGUGGUGAGGCGGGACUCAGUUCUUCCGAUAAUCUGCAUAAGUGGCAGGCCUUCGGCCUCAACACGAGCUCUAUGCUUGGCCUCUCACAGGCUGCUCAUCUAACGCAGAGCGCUGAGAGUGCUGGACGAUCUGUGCAUCAUCAUCACCUGGUGGUGGAAGAGGUGGCGGAAGACAAUGAGGGAAGGGACGGUGGUGCCGUGAAAGGGAAAGAUGAGGAGCAAAUGAAGCAAAAGAAUAUUGAGGGAAGCUCUGGAUCCUCCAUUCAUCGAAAGCUGUGGGAGCUCUCGUCACGUGUUGGACAGACAGCGAGGGAAUCAAAGCCUCUGGCCUCUGCCCGACGGGGGCCGCAAAGUAAACAAAACAACGGCGGUAAUAAUGCAAAGGCUGCUGGUGAUAAUGGCGGCGGCGGCGGCGGCGGCGGUGUUACAACUACGGUGACGACGACGGUGGCUGUUGUGGGGAAACGUCGCAGAGGAUGCGGGGAGGGGGUGGAAAAAGAAGGUGCAAGUAAGCGAAAGGCCACUUCUGGUAACAAUAGAGUUUCCAUGAAUAUGGAGGGUACUACCUCACACAAGCAAGGGGAAAAGGGACAGAAGAGCAAGAGGAAGCUAAGCGCCCGAAACUCCCAUGCAGUAACCACCUCUAAUCAAACGAUCAAAAUGCCACAGCGAAGAGGAUUGUUUACAAUGCCUCCUGAACCAGUGUCAAGCCCCCGUCAGGCUGAGCUUGUGGCCUUCAAGGAACUGGACAAUAGUACGUCUCUCUUUGAGGAUGUGCAGGAGGCACUGAAGGAUCCAGAUCGUAUUCAGGCUCCUACACUUUUUGUAGCGUUUAUCCUACAUGGAGGAGAGACAGGUUUUUCCAUUUCUGCAGCUACACAUGGGAAGGUUCACUUUUUGCGAGGGAUAAAUCCCGAGGUGAGUCAUUUGAAGGCACAGCUUUUCGUCCUUCGCUGGAAAGAUGAUGUUUUCGUUAUGCCUGCUUCUGUCGCUCUGGUGUUUCUGGUGCGUGUUACAGAAGAACUUCCUGGGGUUGAAAUUGUGACGUUUAAUGCCCCAUCGCUUCUACUUAUACUACUUUCCUACAAGCAGGGAAAUCUAUUUACCUCAUGCAUCUCAGAUAUUCGUCUCAUGUCGUGGAUGCUACAGCCCUCAGCUGGUGCGGAUGCAUUCAUCGACUAUGACGUCUUGCUCCGUGCCUGUCAAAAUCAACUUGGCUUUGUCACAGGGUUUGGAAGCAUGGAAAAUUGGACAGUGAAGGAAAUGGCUUGUCAUCGCGUGUAUUACAUGUCACCGCUUUACCGUUUACUUUAUGGCCAACUUGGUACGCAGGGUCUUCUUCCGGCAUUUCUUAAGCAGGAAAGGCGUAUAUCACUUCUCUGUGCUCUCAUGAAACUUAAUGGCUUCCCUGUCAAGUUGUCAGAGGUGGAGGGAUUCAAGGCGCGUUGCACCGCCAGGCUAGAGGAGAUCCGCCUUGCCGCCCAGAAGCUUGUCCCAUCGAUGCCGGAUUUUAACAUGCAGAACUUGGAUGAGUGUAGAGUGGCGAUUUACGAGGUUCUGCAACUAGGCACAUACCUGACCCAUACCAGGGGUGAUGGGACAGAUAGUUGCUCCCUUACUAUCACAAAGAGUGGGAAACUUUCAACAUCGGAGGAAACUUUGAAGAUAUUGGCGCCGCACCACGAGUUGCCUCGAUUGCUGAUCGCAUAUCGCAAAACGGCAAAACUUCUUCAGACAUACACCGUUGGCAUGAUGGAAACCGCGUUUCCUCUCACGGGCGAUGACAGUGAGUUUGCGGACAGUCGCAUUGGGGAAAUUGGGGGCAAGGCAGACGCUACUCAUAUUAAAUGGGUCAAGUUGCACCCUAACUUUGUUCAGGAGGGGACGGACACGGGGCGGCUCUCAUGUGUGGAGCCGAAUCUACAGAACCUCCCACGUGCUAGGAUAAUUUCCGAUGACGAUAACAGUGAACCGUACGAGGCUGAAAUGGCAACAUUCCGUCGUUGUUUCGCCGUACCUACCGGGUUCACGCUGCUAUCUGUGGAUUAUGAGCAGAUUGAGUUACGGGUUCUAGCUCAUUUGUCUGCAGAUACGGCGCUUGUUGAGGCUAUGACAAACGCAACGGAUAUUCAUCGUAAGAUUGCCGAGACAAUUUUUCGAAAGUCACCUGCAAGUUCUGAGGAACGAACUUUAGCGAAGCGGGCUGUCUUUGGCAUGCUCUACGGCGCUGGACCCCGAACCUUGGCGACGCAAAUGGGUGGCUCAGUGGAGCAGGCAGUACAUGUAAUGUCGCUCUUCAAGACGUCCUACCCACAGAUUGAUCGGUACCAUCGUCGUGUGAUUGAACAGUGUCGUGCGGAUGGCUUUGUGCGCACGAUGAGUGGUCGCAUCCGCUUCCUUCCUGAUAUUAAUGACCGCGUCAUGGCAAAGCGAUCGUACGCCGAACGGCAGGCGUUUAACUCAGUCGUUCAAGGAAGUGCCGCAGACGUCAUGAAGCUUGCCAUGCUGGCCGUGGAGCGUGACGUACUGCAGUCGCACAGCGGAGACGUACGUUUGUUGGCGCAGGUGCAUGACGAGAUUGUCCUCUCCGUCCCCACACACAAGCUGCAAGAGGUGGUGCCACUCGUGACACGGAGCAUGACACACGCUGUGUCGCUGCUCGUUCCGCUACCUGUGACAGUGAAGAUUGGACAGUCUCUGGGGGAACUGGAGGACUGGACGGUGGAUCAUGAACUGGGCAUCCGCUAG